AUGUGUGGGUCGAAAGACAUUAUGGAGAACUUGGACAGUCCCAUUGAUAUAGUGACCUACGUCACAGAGGAGUUGCAGAAAAACUAUCGUAGCAGUUCCGAUAAAGUGAAAGUGUUUCAAGAUUUUUUCAAGCACUGGGAAGUGGACACAUCGAUUGCCAAAGUAAAGGCAACCAGCUAUGAAUUCGAGUCGGAUUUGGAUUGGUUCAAUGUCAGCCGGCCACUUUCACUGGCGGGUCUUCGGGGAAAAAUCGUUGUGCUUGAUUUCUUCACCUACUGCUGUAUCAAUUGCAUGCACGUUCUGCCGGAGCUGAAGGCGUUGGAACAGAGAUACCCAGUUGAGUCCGGACUUGUGGUGGUUGGCGUGCACAGUCCGAAGUUCGAGAACGAGCGCGAUACGGGAAAUAUUCUGUCAGCCUCACUGCGCUAUGGAAUUACACAUCCCAUUUUAAACGACUAUCGUUCCAAGCUUUGGAGAGCUAUUGGCAUACGGUGUUGGCCGUCUAUGUUGGUACUGAGUCCGAACGGGAAUCCUAUGCUUUUGCUUAUGGGUGAGGGACACCAAAAAUUUCUGCAAGAGUUCAUCGGCGUUGCGCUGGCUCAUUUUGAUAGAAAACAGAAAAUUGACCAUUGCAGCUUACCCCUACAAAUUUCUUCUGAUCUGCGACCGGCCUCGAAUUUGCGAUUUCCUUCUAAGAUUGCGCGCAGCCCGCAGGGUCGAUACGCCGUUGCCGACGCUGGUAACAAUCGCGUGGUUGUCUUCAGUGAUUGUGGUGUGGUAGAGCAUAAAAUAGGAGGUGCUGAGGCCGGAUUUGUUGAUGGAAAUGUGCAAGUUGCCCGCUUUAACAAUCCACAGGGAGUGGCAUUCCUUGACGAGCACACUUUAGUUGUUGCCGACACUGAAAACCACGCUCUGCGAAAGAUUUCGCUAAAAGAUUCAUUGGUAGAAACACUGGCAGGAACUGGACUUCAGGGUCAUGAACGCACUGGGGGUCGUAUAGGACCAUUACAAAGCUUAUCGUCACCUUGGGAUGUGGCUGUAUAUAGGAAACGGGAUAUGGACAUGUCCUUCCACCUUGACGAGCAUAAUGUACCUGAGAAAACUAUAAUACUGGUCGCAAUGGCCGGCACUCAUCAAAUCUGGGGAUACUUUCCAGAGGGCAUUAUCUGGUGGAAGUUCCGCAAGUUUGAGCCACGAUGCUGUGUAUCAUUGAUUGGAAACGGACUUGAAGAGAAUCGUAACAACUCCUAUCCACAAAAUGCAGCGUUUGCGCAGCCAUCAGGUCUUACCAUUGCAGAGGAUUAUCUCUUCAUAGCAGACAGUGAGAGCUCCAGCAUUCGAAAAGCAUCCAUGGUGGACGGUAAAGUAAUGCCGGUAGUUGGAGGUGAUCGCAAUCCUCAGAAUCUUUUUGCGUUUGGUGAUGUGGAUGGCAAACUGUUUAACGCAAAGCUACAGCAUCCACUUGGUGUUGCUUAUAAUAACGCCGAUAAAGUGUAUGUUGCCGACACGUACAAUCACAAAAUCAAGGUCAUCGACAUAUCGACAAAUACGGUUUCAACUUUGGUUAUAAAGAAUGAAAAAGGAGAAAUAGUAUCAUUCAAAGAGCCAGCUGGUCUUUGUACCGACUCCAGUGGACGGCAAUUGCUAGUUUCUGACACCAAUAACCACCAAAUUAUUUUGGUAAACCUGGACACUUUGACAGCGCGUAAUUUUGCAUUAGAUUUUGGCACAAUGGGGUCCAUUACAGAGACGGACGCGUUUAGCAGUUCAAUAAAUAAGAACGAGCAGCUGCAGAAGUCGGUUCCAUUGUCACUUGAAAAAAGCACUAAAAUAGGCUUCUCAGUCAAAUUGCUAACAGACUUGAAAUUCACUGAGGAAGCUCCACAAAAAUGGACACUGAAAAGUCUAAGCCCCCAUCUGGAAGUUGAACCAGCAGCUGGUGUUCUUAUUAAUGGACAAUUCAGCAUCAAAGUUGUGCCUUCAGAAAAUAUUGCAGGAUCCGAUUCAAAAGCCCGGGAAACUGACAGUGACUUGCUUAUCGAAAUCGUAUUAAAUCUGUGCGAUACCAAAUGCUGCCUUAUGAAGCGUUUUUCAGUUGCUCUACUUAGGGAAAACAAUGGCGACGAAAAGGCGGCUGAAACUCCACAGCACGUUGAUAUUAAGAUAAUUAUAGAUCACGCAAAAAUAAGUUUGGAUUAAUGGCAUUAAGCUUUUGCGGCAUUGAGUAUCUAUUUAUUGUAUGUAAUUGAAAUACAUAAUUUAUUUGAAAUUUUAUAAAAAAAAAACAUGUUACAGAA